AUGGAAGUCGUCGGCCGAACCCGCCUGAAGGUGCUGGACUCCGUGACGGCUCCAAAGCUGCAAGGGGCCAUCGAGGAAGGGCUUAAGCACAUGGGCCAUCGUAGCCUCGAACGAAUGGUUUGCGGCUUGGAGAAUAUGUCUUGGAAGACAGCGAUCACAGGCCAUGUGGCACAAAUCUGUGCCAUGGAAGGCUUGCUGAUCUGUCUGCUAGGGAUUUGCUCCAACGGCCUCUUGCCUCACAAGAUGCUGGAAACUGCUCUGCUCAGCUGCCACAAGGCCACACCGUUUGAGAUGAGUCGACCAGCGAAUGCCACAGGACCCAAUUGGCAGGAUGCCUGCAUCAAGUACUUGAUGUUGAGGCUCCGAAUGAUCACAGGCAAGAUCCGUGAAAUUGCUGUCGACGAAAAAGAGCGAGCGAAGGCGCUGAAGAAGACUUCGCUGCAGCAACAAGCCUGCAUCUUGAAGCUAUGCCGCAUCCUUAAUCCUGGGCUGGCUGCUCCUGCAGACAGUGGCACAGGGCCCUUGCCACUGCAGCUUGUGCCCGAGGCGAAUGACUCGUCUGAGGAUGAAAGGCAGAUAGAGAGAAACUUCAAGCUUCUGCUCGGGCCUUCGGAUGGUCAGAGAUCGCUUGCAGGGACGUCUGCUGCUGCAACUUUGCAGCUUGCCCAGGGCUCUACAGAGCCUGCCCAGGGCUCUACAGAGCCUUCAAGCUUCCUAGAGCGAGCCAACAAGCGAGCUCUUGCAGCAGCUCUAGCCUGCAGCCCGGCCAAACCAAUGUCUAAAAAGGCAAGGAUGGAGACCAUCGCGGAAGCUAGGAACUCGUCUCCAGGUGUCUUGAAGAAGCCUGCUGCCGCCAAAGGUGCCUGCAAGAGACCGGCUGCGGCAGAGCCUGUAGUCCGGGCCGCAGCGGAAGAGCCUACGAGGGGAGAGCCAGCCAAGGAAGUCUUGCAGGAAGACGGUAUCCUGCUGACUCGGUACGGAUGCACCAAAGAUCGUGGCUUGCUUUUCGGCUGCAGUCAGUGCAAGAAGUGGGCAGCUGACGGUAAGCAUCGAUACAUCGUGCUAUCCUCCGGCCACAUUGCUCAAAAGAAGCAGUGA